AUGCGACAUUCCAAGAGGACAUUUUGGAGCCUUUUAAGUUCAUUCAUAUGUAAGAAGUUGUCAAACGAAACAUUAGAUGGAAGUAGCUUGCAACACAUGAAGACAUUGGUAAUCCGCCAAAAAGAAGCCGAACAUAUUCAUAUUCGAGUUCACAACAAAAUAUCAUCGGAUGGUCACAUUGACAUUGAUCUUAGUGAUGAUAACAACGCCAUCGAAGAAAUACGACACCUCAUCGUCCCACUGGAAGGGAUAAAGCAAAAGCUUGAGGGAAAGGAAAAGGAAAAGGAAAAGGAAAAAGAAAAAGAAAAGCGACAUCGUCAAAUUCUUCAGUCGUAA